GUCACAUUUGUUGUCGCGUUGUAAAAGGCUGCGGAACGGAGCCCAGUAAUUUGUGCAGUGGGACGGACAGCGAAAAAUGUUGUAAUAUAACCACGGUGAUAUAUUCGAGAAAAGGAAGCUGAGUGUGUUUCUCUCUCUGUCUCGCGCACGUUAUUAUGCCUGCGCCUUGCUAUUGGAACAGUUGAUGUCGCAACUGGCGUAGUGUGAUCGAUCCAUCAUGUCCGACAAGGUGAGCACAUCCUUGGCAGCCCAGCUGCAUUCCCAUGCCCUGGCAUCGGCGGAAUCGGGUGGUGUUGGUGCAGCGAAUGGUGGCCCUGCUGUCUGCCAUGCCAGCACGGAUAAGGACGCCCAGACCCCACCGCUCCAGUUUGAAAUGGAUGCCCCGGCGGCCGCUAUCAGUGCCCAGCUGAACUUCAAAAUCGUGCCUGCUGACAGUUUGCCCGGACUGACUUAUCAGGACAUGUUCGCCUCCAUGAAUACAUCACAAAUCUCCAAUGCCUCCACGGAGUCCAGCUGCAGUCCACCCAUCCAGGGCGCUGUACCGCCUCCGAAGCCCAGUCGUCAUAUGGCCGUGCAGCCGCUGAACAGCAAAUCGUGCCGAUUCCCCAAGCUAGAGGAGUGCGCCCACUUUCACUACGAAAGGGUCCAGCUGGGUCCGUUAUCCGUGCAGCUUUUAGAUGACAAGUCGGAGCACAUGGGCAGUAGUAUUGCUUCCCAAUCUCUUGGUGGUGAUUUGCCACACAGCUCCCUGCGCAGCUUUUCUCCGGAUAGCUGUUGGUUCAUAAUCCGUGUGUGCCCACAGCGUUGCGAACCGUUCCUGAUUAAGCGGAGCUUCGAGAACAUGCAGCUGCUGGACGAGAUGCUCCACCGGUGUGUGUACGACCGGAAAAUCAGUGGACUGCGCAACAUGGAGGAACUGGCGGCUGAGCUGCCCAGCGAAUCAGAUGUGGAGUAUGCGGUGGCCAAGUACCUGGAGCGUUUCUCGAAGAUCGCCUCCGAUUCAUUGACCUGCGGUACAAUUCUGACCUGGCUACAGCUGGACAAUAAGGGCAGGCGACUACCGCUGGCGGAUGGUGAGACUCAGAGGACUAUCAACACACCUGCGGUGGGUGCCGCCUAUGGAGUGAGGCGUUAUCAGGCCCAAGCUCCGGACGAGAUCAACAUAGAGGUUGGCGACAUGAUUUCCGUAAUCGAUAUGCCCAGUCCAGCAGAGUCAAUUUGGUGGCGGGGCAAGAAGUCGCAUCUCCAGAAGUCUCUCUACGAAGUGGGGUUUUUUCCGCAGUCCUGUGUGGCCACUAUCGGCGAUAAGGUGCCCAGGAAUUUUCCAAUGCCGGCUCCGCUAGUGGGUCACUUGGAUGCCUCACCCACUAAGCCGGUGCUGCGAAAGCACGGAAAACUGAUCGCUUUCUUCCGUUCCUUUAUCCUGUCGCGACCAUCACGUCGUCGCCUAAAACAAAGUGGAAUUUACCGCGAGCGGGUCUUUAACUGUGACCUGUCAGAGCAUCUGCUGAACAGCGGUCAGGACAUACCCAUGGUUCUCCGAUCCUGUGCGGAAUUCAUCGAAAACUAUGGCGUUAUAGACGGAAUAUACCGGCUCUCCGGCAUCACAUCCAACAUCCAGCGGCUGAGGCGUGCCUUUGAUGAGGAACGUGUGCCGGACUUGGGUAACCCGGAAAUGAAGCAAGACAUCCAUGCAGUCAGUUCGCUGCUCAAGAUGUACUUCCGCGAACUUCCGAAUCCCCUGUGCACCUACCAACUGUACGACAAUUUUGUGGAGGCCAUUCAAGUAAAGGCUGACGAGGCGGACGAGCGGUUGCGACUUAUGAAGGAGACGGUGCUCAAGCUGCCACCUCCACAUUAUCGAACCCUGAAAUAUUUGGCCGAGCACUUGUACAAGGUGUCGCAACACCACGAACGCACCGGAAUGACGGAUAAGAAUCUGGCCAUUGUUUGGGCGCCAAAUUUACUGCGCUCACCUGCCCUUGAAUCGGGGGGCGUGGCUGCUCUGCGCGGUGUUGGCGUGCAAGCUGUGGUCACCGAGUACCUGAUACGGAAUUGCCAUAAUAUCUUCGACGCUCUGGACGAUCAUCCGGCGCGACAAAGCAUGGUGGCGAGUGCUACGGUUGCUGCUGCAAAUGCGGCUGGUGGUGAACUACGCCUGGAGUCACUUACCGAUUGCGAAAGUCUGCUCGUGGAGCAGCGGGAGCAAGAUCAAUCCUUGGGCGUGGUGGAGCGUCCAAAGAGUCUGAGCACCGGUGGAGCCAAACUGAUAAGCCUAGAAGAGGCCCAGGAAAGGCAUUCGCGGGUAGAGGGUGCUGACCUCAAGCAGUCGCUGCCCAUUAGCAUGUUGACCAGUGCUAGUAGCAACGCCGCCUCCAACAUUGGCUCCUACAUCGAAGUGGGCGGUGGUCCGUCCAGCUUGCCGGAUAAAUACCACACAGUGCUGUCGGCCCCGCGCAGCUGGCAGAAACGUAAGCCGGACAAGACGCCGUCUUGGAAGUCGAUAUUCACCCGAAGUCAAAGACAGGGUAAUCCGGAUCCUGGUCAGAAAAUAACCACGGAUGUCAAGGAUCCCGUUGGUUCCCGCGUGAGCUUUGUGCAGGCAUCACAUGCUCACGCAAGCAAGGAACUGACCAAGCAUGACAAGCCGAAAUCUAUUGAACUCCUGGAGACAACGAGCAAUGAACGCGAUCCGAAACCAAUGGACCUGUGCAUACGUUCCAAUUCAAUUGAUAGCCUACGUACUGUGGGUCAUUCAAGGAGUGUCUCACAUGACUCAUACUUUGAUUUGCUUCAGUCUCCGCAAAGAGGUCACAUGACGACAUGUCCGUCGCGGGAGCUUUCCGAGCUGGGUCUUAAUUUUGACCGCGAAGAGCCAGAAAUGCGUAUCUUCUCAGAGAGCGAAUCUCUGGUUAGCUCACCGCGCGUGGGCAAGGAGAAUGUUCCACCUGCCACUGGCUGCGCCACUCGUCGCAUUAUGCGUGCUAGGCCUGAGGAGUUCUCGAGCCAGACGAAUAGCGUCAAUCCCAGCCCAAAGAAGCAGCCACGCCUCAAUCUCCUAUCACCCAGUUCCGCCAGGACGAUGCCCCCACCACCACCUCCUUCAGCGCCUGGUACUGCAUCUUCUUCCUGUGGACAUGUAUCCGGUGGAGCUGAAAACUGCUGUAAGCGUUACAAGCUGGAAGAUCAGUUGUGCGACAUUCAGUUCAUUGACUGCGGAACUCCGGAAAAUGUGCCCACCACUCAACAGCAGUUUGCCAGCGUUGAAGUGCACCCGCCACCAAAGCCAGCGAGGGCAAUCCAAUCACCCAUAUCGUCAUCGACUGGUGCAUCUGCAGGUUCCUCCUCAUCGUCAACCCGCUACAGCUAUCCGUCAGUGCAGCUGGGGGCCAAGCGGAAAGAACAGCAGGAUGCUAAGGAGCGUUUCAGCUACCAGGGAACCUUUACGCAGCCAGCAAAGAAGCAGGAGCCUUCAGCUCCAAGACCUGUGCAUGCCAACAACAGUGCUACUCUACGAAAACCUCGAGUGGAACCUGUCCAAGAUGGUCAGAUCAAACUCAAUGUGCCUACGCCUACAACUCCUGCCCGCAGUCCCCGUUACUCCUUGUUGUUGUGCGACACCGAAAGUUCGGAUAACAGUUCAGCGGUAACUACACCUCAAUAUGACAUGGAACCCCUUAUGCUGACAUCGGCUAUGUCUGGCGUAUCCGGUGUUUCAUCCAAUGUACAGCAGCAGCUGCUUUUAGGUGUGGAUGCGGCUAGCAGUUACCUAGGCAGCUCGCACGAGAGCUUGGGACAGCACAUCAACAACCACCAAGAUGCUGAACAGCGUGAUAUGAAUGCGUUAAAACGGGAGCUAUCUUUGGACCUUAACCCACUGCAGCCACGCUUGCCACAGCCCACAAAUCGAGCUGCCACUUUACCGGUAAAAGAUCAACUGCAGGCUGCUGCGGUGGCCAUGUGCUCUUCGCCCAACAACUCAAAUUUUACGGACAACACUAGUCAGUCAGUGACACCGAGCGAGUUUGGCUACCAGCACUUGCAGCGACAGCUAAGCAUGCACUCCCUACUGGCAACCGAUGAGAGUUCGCCAGUGUACGAGGACUUUGAACAAACCCCCGUCAAGAUGGUGCCCAGCCCCAUAAAAUCCACCAUUAGCAUCACAUAUAAAUCGCCCGAGAAGGAAAAGAAACCUUCGGCCAUCUUAGAGACCAACUUCGAUGAAAACACUGUCUAUGAGCAGGUGAAGUUGUUCCGGAAUUCGGUAACCGAGGUUAAUCAAAUGUUACAUGAGCGCUCCAGCCUGAAACAGAUUGCCGAGGAAGAGCAGCACGAUGGGGGUGCCCACAAGGCAGCAGAGAUGACGCAGCAGCUGUUGCAGCUGGAACCGGAGCAACAUGACUACCAGGAGCAGCAGGAAAAAGAACCUGAAGAUGAGGAGCAGUCUCAGUUACUUUACGAAAACAUUGAGCUACGCAAACCGAAAACAGUUUACGAGAAUCUACGUGGCGAGGAGAUGAAAUUCAUUACAGAAGAACAAAAACCAAACAUUGAUAGAAUUGAGCUCGAUAGCCUAGACAGUUUGCCGGACAACAUGGAACACGAACAGUCGUCGCCCUGCAAAUCGCCCUCUUUCAGUGUCAAGGAGUUGGCCAAUAAAUUUGAGAGCUCGCCCGUGGAGCAACUGCCCAACUUUGAUUUCUCGGUGCGUGGCGGCUCCAUGAAGAAGCCCAACGAACUGAGCGUACCCAAGGCCAUGCCUGCACCCGUGCCCCUUAAGAAACUAAACACUAGUGCUCAAAAGAUAACCCGCUCGCUCGAUGAGAACGCCUUCGUCAGAGAGUUUGGUGGCAAGCAGCUACAAGAUCUGUCUCUCUCUAACAAGCUACCCGAGGUGAUGUCAGAGGUCAACAGCCGCCGCAAGAGCUUUGACUUCACGCGGCCCAAAACCUUGAAUCCGCCUAAGCGAUUGCCGGGUAUGAGCAUUACCGAGGAGAUAUGUCAGAAGCGUGGUGGCGAACCCGAGCCAAUUACCCCCACCACCGAGAACCGUAUCUCACUCAUCCAGCAGAAUAAUAUGCCCAAGGAGGAGCAAUCGACAGCUAAUCAGUUCCUGCCUCCGGCGGGUCGAAAGAACGUAUUAACAGGUGUGGUCCUGGAUCGUGAGCGCAUCGAUAAAAUUAAGGAGGAGCGCCGGCAGCAGCUAACGCAAAAGUACUACGGCGAUACUCUAAAGUCUCGCUCGCGUACUGAACUAAACUCGGAAGACAACUUCCCUGCUGCAGAAUCCCUGCGAAUUAAGUCCAAGUCACGCGGCGAUAUGCACGCCUUGCAAAAGGAUAUCGACAUGAACCUAAAACAGCUGAGCCGCGUCACUGGCGGCGGAUCGGAGUGCACCCUCCACAUGAGCUUGAGCCAGGGUAACGGACAGGAGCAGCUCGGACAACAGCGGGUGCGCAGAAUUUCCGACGAAAAAAACCAAAAUUGUGAUACCAGUAAUGAUGGCGUAAGUGGCAUAACCUCCACUUCGCUACUCAGCGUCAAGACGACGGCCCAGAAGUAUGGAAGCACCAGCAAGACGCCAGCGAAUAAGUUUGAACGUAGUCAGCCCAUGCCGCGCGAUCGCUUGCAGAGGAACUCCUUGGCCGAGAGCAAUGCAGGCACAAACAACAGAGAAAAGAUCUCACCACAAUUCUCAAUACGCGACGUGACAGCGAUGUUUGAAUCUCGUUCACAAAACCAAUAGGCUAAGGGAACAUUACCAACUAAUUACAUCGAAAAAAUGAGACCGCUAUCUACAUAUAAUCACAGUUCUGGAGCAGCGUGUGUAUAUGCCUAUGAAGGCAUAUAUAUUUUAUUUAGUUUUUAAUCAUUCACUUAAGCGCAUUGAAAUUCUCAAAAGUGUUCUUGAUAUAUACGGCGCAAGCGGAUCCAAAGACAAACAGAUUUAAAACGCCGUGUUUAUUGCAACCACAAUUAUAAUGAUAUCAUGAUAAUCAUAAUAAGGACGCUUUGCGCCUUAAAUCAUUUGCAAAAUUCAAUUUUGUUUUGAAUCAGCAUGAAGAAAGUUUAACUAAAAGACCAUCCUUACCAUACCCUCUAUCCUAAACAAUGCAUAUUGUUAUUGCAUUUUGGGAGUUUCUUUAGAUAGGUGUUAAGUUUCAUUCGUUUAACCAUACAAAAACAACGAAUUCAACCUAUUUGAAUUCCAUUUCGAAUUGUUUUUGCUUGAUUUGUGUCUUGAGUGUUUUUAUAUUCUUGUUUUUGCGACUAAACGACUUGACGCAUGUAUCGGAGAUGAUAUUUUUCCUAGUUUCUAAUAAAAGCAUUUUCAACCACUUUGAGCAAGGUGUCCUAUGUUAAUUAUUAUACGAUUAAUUUAUAUGUAUUUUUUAAAACAAUAAACUCAAUUGCAUUGUCACUCA